GGAAUAUGAAGUGCACGAGUGCCUCAAGCAGCUACUGAUGUCACUGCUACGGGCCUACAGGUUCUCUCCUAUCAUCCCAGACCUAGGAUUACAAAUUCACUACCUCCGGCUCACCAUUGCAGUCCUGAAGCAUGAGAAAUCCAGGAAAUACCUCCUCAGCAAUGUUCUCUUUGAUGUGCUCCGUUCAGUUGUGUUCUUCUACAUUAAGAGCCCGCUGCGUGUGGAGGAGGCUGGUUUGCAGGAGCUCAUUCCCACCACGUGGUGGCCGAACCGCUUCACCAAGGAGGGCAAGGAGAGCAAGGAGGUGAAGGAGGAGAGUGCUGAGGAAAGACUGAGGCGGCGGGCGUAUGAAAGAGGCUGCCAGCGGCUCAAGAAGUGCAUUGAAGUGGUGGAAGGUCUCCAGGUUCAAAUUCUGAAGCUGCUGCUGAACAACAAGGACAGAGGAGGGGUAAGCAUUCUGGAUUUUUUGCUACGUUAUCUCUGCAUCCCAGGACUUGUAAGGUAUAGAAGUACAGCUGUGCAGACAUUCUGUUCUCAGAAGUAGUUCUCUAAUUGAUCCAGUAAGGCAAGCUGAACUGCAGAAACAGUUUUUGGGCUCUGUUUAAAGGGGUAUCGUGGAAUCACAGAAUCAUAGAUAGUCUCAGAUGCUCUGCCAGUGAUGACUGAUGACAUGAGCUGCACCUGGGCCAGCCCUGUGUUUCUGUUGAACUAGGCAGACACAGCCUGACUGCAGUGCAUUCUACUCUAACAAUUAAUAUUAGUUCCAGAGAGAAAGGAAUGGCAGGUAUGUGAGCGUGUGCCUCUGCAGAGCAGGUGGAGAAUGUUCAGCUGGAUAAAGCUGUGCAU